AUGAGCGCCGCGGGCGCGGGCUGCCCCGCCAGGCUGCUGGCCGUCAGCUGGCUGCUCCUGGUGGGCUUGCAGGCCUCGCGGGCGGCGAACGUCACCGUGGUCCAGGAUCCUGGCGUACCCCAGGGCGAGAGUGAUAGUGAGACCGAUGAGGAGGCCGAGAACGACACCGAUGUGCCGGGGGAGAGCGAGAACCAGGCUGAGGCGGAGGAAGAGGUUCAGAACGGAACAGUAGUCAAAGAAGUAGAAUUCGGAAUGUGCACAGUCACAUGUGGUGUUGGAAUCAGAGAAGUUAUUUUAACCAAUGGAUGCCCUGGAGGUGAAUCCAAGUGUAUUGUUCGUGUGGAAGAAUGCCAUGGACCUGUUGAUUGUGGCUGGGGAAGACCUAUUUCUGAAAGUCUUGACACUGCUAGACUGUCAUGUGUUCAUACAUCUCCUGAAAACCGCUUCAGAUAUGUAUGGAAAAUUCUAAAGUCAGACCAGCAACCUGUUAUACUUGCAAAUGACACAGCAGUUCUGGAAGUAAAAAGAGAACAACAGCCUAUGGCUUUCGCGUGUGACACCCUGGAAAACAAUGAAUUAGUAGCAACUGUUAAGUUCACAGUCUAUACAACAGGUGAAUUGCAGAUGAAAAGAUCGAGCAGGCCAGACACUGAUGCAGUCUUAGUAUUUGUGCUGACUGUAGGGGUCAUUAUCUGCAUAUUUGUGAUCUUCGUACUGAUCUUCAUCAUCAUUAAUUGGGCGGCAGUGAAAUCCUUCUGGGGGGCGAAAGCCUCAACGACUGAGAAGUACUCCGACAUGAGUUCUAUGAGGUACAAAGAUUCAGCUUCUCUUGACCAGUCACCAGCGGAUGGAACCGGACAUGAAGAGGAUGCUUUAAGUGAAUGGAAUGAGUGA